CAAGUGAUAUUUGAAGAUGUGGCUGUGGAUUUCACCCAGGAGGAAUGGCAGUACCUGGACCCUCCACAGAGGACCCUGUACAGAGAUGUGAUGUUAGAGACCUAUAAUAACCUGGUCUCUGUGGAGCAUCAGGUUACCAAACCAGACCUCAUCCUCAAAUUAGAGUUAGAAGAGUCGUUCUCAGCAGAAGGAAAAAUCCGAAUUUGGAGCUUUCCAGAAGUCUGCCAAGUUGAUGAGAAGAUUGAGAGGCAGCACCAGGAUAAUCAAGAUAAAUGUUUGUUGAUGCAAGAUGGAGUUCCUGACCAGAAAGUAUUUACAACCAAGAGUGGUCAUGAAUGGAACAAAUUUGGAAAUAUACUUCAUCUGAGUAAUAACCUUGCUACUUCAUUACAAAGACCCCAUGAACAUGAAUCAUUUGGAAGCAAUAUGGCAGAUAAUUUAAAUUUAUUUAGUAUGUCUUUAGGAAAGAAACAUGAUAACGGAUGUGCAAAAUUAUUUUUCCAUACUGAGUAUGAGAAAACAAAUACUGGAGUGAAACCUUACGGAUAUAAAGAAUGUGGGAAAGCCCUCAGGCGAAAGAAGGGUCUUAGUCUACAUCAGAGAAUUAAAAAUGGAGAGAAACCCUUUGAAUGUACUGCAUGUAGGAAAACCUUUAGCAAGAAGUCACAUCUUAUUGUACAUUGGAGAACUCAUACAGGAGAGAAACCCUUUGGAUGUACUGAAUGUGGAAAAGCCUUUAGCCAAAAAUCUCAGCUCAUUAUACACCUGAGAACGCAUACAGGAGAGAGACCUUUUGAGUGCCCAGAAUGUGGGAAAGCCUUCAGAGAGAAGUCAACUGUCAUCAUCCAUUACAGAACUCAUACAGGAGAGAAACCUUAUGAAUGUAAUGAAUGUGGAAAAGCCUUCACUCAGAAGUCAAACCUCAUUGUCCAUCAGAAAACUCAUACAGGAGAGAAAACCUAUGAAUGUACUAAAUGUGGGGAAUCUUUCAUACAGAAGCUUGAUCUAAUUAUACAUCAUAGUACUCAUACAGGAAAGAAACCCCAUGAAUGUAAUGAGUGUAAAAAAACUUUCAGUGAUAAGUCAACCCUCAUUAUACAUCAAAGAACUCACACAGGAGAGAAACCACAUAAAUGUAUUGAAUGUGGGAAGUCCUUCAAUGAGAAGUCAACCCUCAUUGUGCAUCAAAGAACUCAUACAGGAGAGAAACCCUAUGAAUGUGAUGUGUGUGGAAAAACCUUCACCCAAAAGUCAAACCUUGGUGUACAUCAGAGAACUCACUCAGGAGAGAAACCCUUUGAAUGUAAUGAAUGUGAGAAAGCAUUUUCCCAGAAAUCCUAUCUCAUGCUACAUCAGAGAGGUCAUACAGGAGAGAAGCCCUAUGAGUGCAAUGAAUGUGAAAAAGCGUUCUCCCAAAAAUCAUAUCUCAUUAUACAUCAAAGAACUCAUACAGAAGAAAAACCCUAUAAAUGCAAUGAAUGUGGCAAAGCAUUCAGAGAAAAGUCGAAGCUUAUUAUACACCAAAGAAUUCAUACAGGAGAAAAACCCUAUGAGUGUCCUGUAUGUUGGAAAGCUUUCAGCCAGAAGUCACAGCUCAUAAUACAUCAGAGAACACACACAGGAGAGAAACCCUAUGCGUGCACUGAGUGUGGCAAAGCUUUCAGAGAAAAAUCAACAUUCACUGUGCAUCAGAGAACUCAUACUGGAGAGAAACCCUAUAAGUGUACAGAAUGUGGAAAAGCUUUUACCCAAAAAUCAAACCUUAUUGUACACCAGAGAACCCAUACAGGAAAGAAAGCCCAUGGGAAAGCCCACACCCGAAAGUCAAAGCACAUCACACAUUAGAGAAUAAAUCAAUAGUGUCUGUUAUGUACACUGAAGGAAAGUUUUGUCAAUUUAAUUAACAUUUUUUAAUAUGAGGGAAUAGUCAGUCUUUCCUCAGUCUUCACCCAAAAGCUACAGGAGAAAAAAAAAGAAGCGAAGUCCAAUUCAUAUACCUGACAAAAUUACCAGAUAGCUCUGAUAACAGGACUACCAGAGGCAUAGCAAAUCAAGCACCAGUGCAGGAGAUCUCAGAGAGAAUGUUCAAGGCUGCAGAUGUGAGACAUCACUGGUAAGGACUCUUAUGUGAGUUUGAGAAUACAUCCUAAGGUGCAAAACUGUAUAUUUUCCUCAAAAGCAAUAACAGAGUGUAUGGGCAGGUAGGAGGUAGGA